UGUGUGUGUAUGAGAGUGGGAUGGAUAAAAAAGAGAGAUACAGCUCUAUGGCAUCCUUUGUUCUCUCCAUCACGUCCCUGGGGAAAGAAGAGAAGGGAGGAAAGGACGGAGGGAAGAGGGAGGAAGAGGAGACCGAAGGAAAAGGGGGAGAGGGGAGGAAGAGAGGAAGGACCUAUGCAGUGAUAUUGUUCCAGAGAAGCAGGGGAAUCCAGUGAAGGGCUUUAUUCCACCAAACUAAAAGGGGAUUUUCUGUCUGUUUUCUAGUGAUCCAGAGGACCAGCAGGUGGAUGAAAAGAACAUUGGGGAUUUUUUUUUUUUAGAUUUCAUCUACAUUUGGGACAGAGUUGUCUCUGUUCCUUUCCUCGACCAAGACCCCUGAUCACUUCAUUGUGAAUCCAGUUGAUCACCUUUACUCUAUUUGAUCUUCUGGAUACCUGAUUGGUCGAUUUUUCUUUCUUCUUGUUGAACAGCAUGCAAGACAGGCCAGAUGGGACAUGAAAGGAAAAACCAGCUCAGAAACAUAAAUAUUAUUAUUUAUUUUAAUAAUAAUAAUAUUUAGUAUUUUGUAAGGUCUUAACGGGCACUUCAUUCAUUGGUUGAUUGGUUGAUUGGCUUAUAGGCUGAUUGGUUGAUUGAAGUUAUCUCAGCAUCGUUGCAUCAUUUACACCCUAGACGUCAGGGAGAACUCUGUCUCUACUGUGUCAUUCAUCUUAUAGAGGGGUGAGUGUGUGUGUGUGUGUGUGUGUCAGUGUGUGUGCGUGCGUGUGGUAGAGACAGGGAAAGAAAAAGUGAGUAAGAGUGUCUGUGUGUGCUGUACGUCCACGUGCCUGUGUGUGUGUCAGUGAGUGUGUGAGUGUGUGUGUGUGUGAAUCAUGGCCCACGCGGCUGCCCAUCUGAAGAAGGCUCGUGAGCUGGAACAGCCCCCUGAAAUAAGGGCCAUCCAGAAAGCCAGGGAGAGACGCAGGCGACACAGAGAGAGGGCAGAGCGCAAACGCCAGUCGGACAGUAACACCAGUUUCCUGCGUGCGGCCCGGGCCGGAAACCUGGACAAGGUGUUAGGGUUCCUGAAAGACGGAGUGGACAUCAGUACCUGUAACCAGAAUGGUCUGAAUGCGCUGCAUCUGGCUGCUAAGGAGGGCCAUGAGGACCUGGUGGAGGAACUGCUGGAGAGAGGCUCUGUCGUCGAUGCUGCUACUAAGAAGGGGAACACAGCCCUUCACAUCGCCGCCCUGGCCGGACAGAAGGAAGUAGCCAGACUGCUGCUGAAGAGGGGGGCAGACGUCAACGCCCAAUCACAGAAUGGCUUCACUCCGCUCUACAUGGCCGCCCAGGAGAACCACCUGGAGGUGGUCAGAUUCCUGCUGGAGACUGGAGGGAACCAGAGCACUGCUACGGAGGACGGCUUCACCCCUCUGGCCAUCGCUCUACAGCAAGGUCACAACCAGGUCGUCUCCCUUCUGCUGGAGCACGACACCAAGGGCAAGGUGCGUCUCCCUGCUCUGCACAUCGCUGCCCGGAAGGAUGACACCAAAUCAGCUGCCCUGCUGCUACAGAACGACCACAACGCUGAUAUACAAAGCAAGAUGAUGGUUAACCGGACUACAGAGAAUGGAAAGAGUGGCUUCACCCCACUACACAUCGCUGCCCACUAUGGCAACGUGAACGUCUCCACCCUCCUGCUCAACCGGGGGGCCGCCGUGGACUUCACAGCCAGGAACGGGAUCACACCUCUCCACGUAGCGUCUAAGAGGGGGAACACUAACAUGGUGGCGCUGCUGCUGGACCGGGGAGCUCAGAUAGAUGCCAAAACCAGGGACGGCCUCACACCUCUACACUGUGCAGCGCGGAGUGGACACAACCUGGCAGUUGAGCUGCUGCUGGAGAGAGGAGCACCGAUACUGGCCAGAACCAAGAACGGCCUCUCCCCGCUCCACAUGUCGGCCCAGGGCGACCACGUGGACUGUGUCAAGCACCUACUUCAGCACAAGGCGCCGGUUGAUGAUGUCACACUGGAUUACCUGACGGCGCUUCACGUCGCCGCCCACUGCGGACACUAUCGGGUUACCAAGCUGCUGCUGGACAAGAGGGCCAACCCCAACGUUAGAGCGCUGAACGGCUUCACUCCGCUGCACAUCGCCUGUAAGAAGAACCGGGUGAAGGUGAUGGAGCUGCUGGUGAAGUACGGCGCCUCCAUCCAGGCCAUCACCGAGUCGGGGCUGACACCCAUCCAUGUGUCAGCCUUCAUGGGUCAUCUCAACAUCGUCCUGCUGUUGCUGCAGAACGGAGCCUCGCCUGAUGUCUGCAACAUCCGUGGUGAGACGGCGUUACACAUGGCUGCCCGUGCCGGCCAGAUGGAAGUGGUCCGCUGUCUCCUGAGGAACGGAGCGCUGGUGGACGCCAUGGCCCGAGAGGACCAGACACCCCUCCACAUUGCGUCCCGCCUGGGGAAAACGGACAUCGUGCAGCUGCUCCUGCAACACAUGGCCCACCCCGACGCCGCUACCACCAACGGAUACACCCCCCUCCACAUCGCCGCCCGCGAGGGACGUGUGGAGACCACCGCCGUGCUGCUGGAGGCUGGGGGCUCCCACUCCCUGGCCACCAAGAAAGGGUUCACUCCGCUUCAUGUAGCCGCCAAGUACGGAAGCCUGGAGGUGGCCAAACUGCUCCUGCAGCUCCGGGCUCUGCCUGACGACGCCGGCAAGAACGGGCUCACUCCGCUGCACGUGGCAGCUCACUAUGACAACCAGCAGGUGGCGCUGCUCCUACUGGAUAAAGGAGCAUCGCCACACUCUACCGCCAAGAACGGCUACACCCCGCUUCACAUCGCGGCCAAGAAGAACCAGACAUCCAUUGCGUUGUCUCUGCUGCAGUACGGGGCGGAGACCAAUGUCCUGACCAAACAGGGGGUCACCCCGCUACACCUCGCCGCGCAGGAGGGGCACAGCGAGAUGACCUCUCUGCUGCUGGGCAAGGGGGCGCACGUCAACAGCCCCACCAAGAGUGGUCUGUCUCCACUGCACCUCACCGCACAGGAGGACCGGGUCGGGGCAGCAGAAGUUCUGACCAAACACGACGCUCAACUGGACCAGGCGACUAAGCUCGGCUACACCCCACUCAUCGUGGCCUGUCACUAUGGAAACAUGAAGAUGGUCAACUUCCUGUUGGAGCACGGGGCCAGCGUCAACGGCAAAACCAAGAACGGGUACACUCCCCUCCACCAGGCCGCUCAACAGGGAAACACACACAUCAUCAACGUCCUGCUACAGCACGGGGCCCAGCCGAACGCCACCACCGUGAAUGGGAACACGGCUAUGUCCAUCGCCCGUCGUCUGGGUUACAUAUCGGUUGUUGACACUCUGAAGGUUGUCACAGAAGAGGUCAUCACCACGACUACGACUGUGACGUCGGAGAAACACAAGAUGAAUGUUCCGGAGACCAUGACAGAGGUUCUGGAUGUGUCCGACGAGGAGGCUCUGAGGCAAAUGGAAGACGAGGCGUGUUCUGGGGUAUUGGAGGACAUAGAAGGGGAGGACACGAUGACGGGGGAUGGAGGUGAGUACCUCAGGGCGGAGGACCUGAGGGAGCUGGGUGACGACUCUCUACCUGGACAGUACCUGGAUGGAUUCAACUACUUGAGUCAUAACCUUGACAGCAGGCCCCUUCAAAGCCCUCUUCACCACAGAGAGGGAGUCCUGAUAGAGGACAUGAUCUCCAGCCAUCAGGUGUCGUCUCUGUCCAGAGAGAACGAGAAGGAUUCCUUCAGACUUAGCUGGGGAGCAGAACACCUGGAUAAUGUGGUCUUGUCCUCUAGUCUGCUACACUCUGGCCGAUCUUCCCCGUGCCUAGACCAUGACAACAGCAGCUUCCUGGUCAGUUUCAUGGUGGACGCCAGGGGCGGGGCCAUGCGUGGUUGCCGUCACAAUGGCCUGCGCAUCAUCGUUCCGCCCCGGAAGUGUUCCGCCCCCACGCGGGUGACCUGUCGCCUGGUGAAGAGGCACCGUCUGGCGUCGAUGCCCCCCAUGGUGGAGGGGGAGGGGCUAGCCGGACGCAUCAUCGAGGUUGGCCCGACGGGGGCGCAGUUCCUGGGUAAGCUCCACCUCCCCACGGCCCCGCCCCCUCUCAACGAGGGAGAGAGUCUGGUCAGCAGGAUUCUGCAGCUGGGGCCUCCCGGCACCAAGUUCCUAGGGCCCGUGAUCGUGGAGAUCCCUCACUUUGCGGCCCUGCGGGGAUCCGAACGGGAGCUGGUCAUCCUGAGGAGUGAGAUGGGGGAGAGCUGGAGAGAACAUCACUGUGAACACACUGAGGAGGAGCUCAACCAAAUCCUCAACGGCAUGGAUGAGGGUGAGAGGGGGAGGCGGCAGGAGGAACUGAGGGAGCGGGAUGAGGAGCUGGACUCCCCCGAGGAGCUGGAGAAGAAGAGGAUCUGCCGCAUUAUCACGCGGGACUUCCCACAAUACUUUGCGGUGGUGUCGCGCAUUAAGCAGGACAGCCACCUGAUUGGUCCGGAGGGCGGGGUGUUGAGCAGUAUCCUGGUUCCUCAGGUCCAAGCCGUGUUCCCUGAGGGAGCGCUGACCAAGAAGAUCAGAGUUGGACUGCAGGCCCAGCCAAUCAGUGUGGACCUGGUGAAAAGGAUUCUGGGCAACAAGGCCACGUUCAGCCCUAUUGUUACCCUGGAGCCCAGGCGGCGGAAGUUCCAUAAGCCAAUCACCAUGACUAUCCCUGUCCCCAAGAGCUCGACCAAUGACGGAACAUCAAAUGUUUUUGGAGGGGACACGCCCACACUGCGUCUGCUCUGCAGUAUCACUGGUGGAACAACUCCUGCCCAAUGGGAGGACAUCACUGGGUCGACGCCCCUCACCUUCGUCAAACAAUGUGUUUCCUUCACCACCAACGUGUCAGCCAGGUUCUGGUUGAUAGACUGCCGUCAGAUCCAGGAGUCGGUCAGUUUCUCCACCCAGCUGUACCGGGAGCUCAUAUGCGUACCCUACAUGGCCAAGUUCGUCAUCUUUGCCAAGACCCUGGACCCCGUCGAGGCGCGGCUCCGCUGCUUCUGCAUGACGGACGACAAGAUGGACAAGACGCUGGAACAGCAGGAGAACUUCACAGAGGUGGCCAGGAGCAGAGACGUAGAGGUUCUGGAAGGAAAGCCAAUCUUCGCAGACUGUUUUGGGAACCUGGUCCCUCUGACCAAGAGUGGGCAACACCACGUCUUCAGCUUCUAUGCUUUCAAAGAGAACCGUCUUGCACUCUUUAUCAAGAUUCGUGACAGCGCCCAGGAGCCGUGUGGCAGACUGUCAUUCACAAAGGAGCCCCGGACCUACCGCAGUCUUACCCACAAUGCAAUCUGCAACCUGAACAUCACGCUGCCCACCUACUGCAAGGAGUCCGAUUCAGACCUUGACGGCGAUGACGAGAGUGAGAAGAGUGACAAGAAAUAUGACGAGACUGAGUCAACAGAGACAUACACCUUGCCAACCAAUCAGCUGCUUGACCCAGCCAUGCUGGCAAGCCCUGACCUCCUAUCAGAGGUCUCCGACAUGAGGCAGGACCUCAUGAAAAUGUCAGCCAUCUUGACAACAGAACAAACAGAAUAUCCUUGCUCUUGGGAGGGAGUAGGAAGUGGACAAGGAAGGAGAGGAAUGGAGGAUGAAAUGACAGAGCCGUUUGAGAUCAAAGGACAGGUGAAAGGGGAUAUUGAGAACGCUGGAGAGAUUUUACAUGCAGAUACUAGAAUCACAAGCCCGCUACGGGACAGCCUCAUCCAUGAGAGAUCCGAUCAAGUCAUUCUAAAGCAGGAAGGCAAACGUCAUCCUCCAGAGAUCAAAAAGCCUAUCCGGAAGAAGCUGAGGGACAGAGAACGUUCUGGAUGCAGCAGCUCGGAGGGAGAGCUGGAGAGAAUGAGCUCUCAGGAGUCCCUAGAUGGAGAUGCUGUUCUCGGGGAUCCUGGGCUAGGAGCGGGGCCUGGGUUGGGGACCCAGUCUGAGGCUGGAGAGUGUCCCGGAACUGAGAGCCAAGUGACUUCUGGGUCUGAACCCAGAGUGGAGCCUGAGACUGAAUUAAAAACACUGUCUGCCCUGAAUCAGGAUGUCAUACUGCAGGAGUCUGGGCUCGGGUCUGGCCCUGAGUGUGUAGCUGUUGUGACUUCAGGCAUGGAGCCACCAGCCUCACCCCUGAUAGUAGAAACACCUAUUGGGUCCAUAAAGGACAGGGUGAGAGCUCUGCAGAAAAAGGUUGAAGAAGAAAACGGGAAGGACGAUCGUAAGCGACAGCCCGCACAAGCACCCGUCCCACCGACCAGAACCUCCAGUGCAGUUACCAAGAAGAUGGGUGAAUCCCAGAUGCCAGAUCUCCCCAAACUUCCCAGAUCUCCGAAAUCCCCCCGGUCUCAAACGGAGAGGCUGGAGGAGACCAUGUCCGUACGGGAGUUGAUGAAGGCAUUCCAGACAGGCCAGGAUCCUUCCAAGAACAAAACUGGGCUUUUUGAACACAAAGCCAUGACCUGGUCGACAACCACCUCAUCUAGCUCAGAGGUUGGGAUCUCCAGAGACACCUCCAGGUCUGAACCGAGCCCUGUGGGACAUCUGCUGACACAAUCUCCAAAUGCCAUAUUUCUCUAUCCACAAAGUAUCGUGACCCACGGCAACAGAGAUGCAGACAGUGGAUCACACAUGACCUUAGUAGGGAACUACACUGGGCAAUCUGACGUAGCUCAAGUCACUGUUCAAUUUGAAAACUCAGUGGCCAUCAUUGACAGAACACAAGCCGAGGAUGGAGUGACCUUCUCAGACAAGACUCAACCGGAGGAUUCUGGGAACAGCCCAGAGAUGAUGAAGUUGGAGGAACCAGAGAUUGGGGCAGACAGGAGGUAUUCCAUAGAACUGCAGAUUAGCCCAGACCGAAGACCCUCAGAGGACUUCAGCGCAGACAUUAGGGCGGAGCUGGAGGACAGUCCGGAGUACCAACUGUUCAGACAGACCUCGACCAUAUCAGGCAAAAAGUACCAGGCUGAAGCAACCACAGACGAAUUCCCAGAACCACACCCCAAUGCCAACAUAACAUUUAUAUUAAGCCGCAGUGUGGAUAAUGAUGAGGGGGGUGCAUUCGUCACUAAAGGUGAGGACCAGAUGGGAGAUGAAAUUUCUCAGAUGCACAAAGGCUUGUCAGACUUUCCUGGUACCAGCAUGGAAACAAAGAAGCACCAUUCCAGCUCAGGGGAGAGUGAGAAACUUGAAGGACUGGCAGACACUCCACAAAUGAGCCCAGAAGAACUCACAUUCCCCACUAAACACCUUGAUUUGUCCACAGUGGAUAAUGAAACUGACAAGACAGAAGGGUUGAAAGACCUUAAAGAUAAAAUCCAUGACAAUGAAGAAAUCUUUUCAGAUACCGAUACUGUGUCUCAGGUUCAGGAACCUAUUCUUCAAGAAGUCAGGAUAGAAAGGAAGACUUCUUGGACAACUGUUGAAGUUAGAAAUAUGUCAGGCAUGGAGCAACUCCUCAGUGGAGAUUUGGACCAGUACCUAGAAGAGAGACCAUCCCUGGUUUGUGACACCAAAAAGAUGACCGUUCUGGAACCAAUGAUACAAGAAGUCAAGAUUGAAAGGAAAAAUAUUUUAAGCCCAACUGUAAAAGUCAGAAAUAUGUCAGGCAUGGAAGCACUUCUCAGUGGAGAUUUGGACCAGUACCUUGAACAGAUACCUGUUGUUCACCCCGGUUCUAAACAGGAAACAUUCCAGCAGCAAAACAUAGAGAAGGUCAUCCUGACCAGGAAUGAUGUGCAAGAAUCACACACUUUCCCCACCGAGGAGGUAGACAUGUCAGCAGCACAUACUGAAACAGAAAGAGUAGAUGGGUGGACAUUGGAAAACACAGAUGAUGCCGUUCUUGGGGCAGAAUUAGUGACAGUUCAAAAACCGAUGUUGCAAGAAGUCAAGAUGGAAGAUAAGAACUCAUUUACAACAGUUAGAGAGGAUAGAGAUAUGUCAGGAAUGGAGUCCUUCCUCAGUGGAGACUUGAAUCAUUACCUUGAAGAGAGAACACAACCUGUUUUUGACACUGAAAGCAUGAAAGAUCAGGAACUGAUGUUGCAAGAAGUCAAAAAGGAAAGGAAGACCUCUGCCAGAUCUCUAACUGUAGAUGUUAAAGACAUGUCAGGAAUGGAGGCACUUCUAUGUGGAGAUUUGGAACAGGACCUAGAACCGGUACCAUUAGAGGUUGAAGAUACCUUCAGUGGGGAUCAGUACCUUGAACCGAAACAUGUGAUGUCCAGUCAUUUGUUAGAGGAGGGAUUGAAAUGGGAAACCCACUCUUCCUCUGUUGACCAGGAAGAUGAUUCCACAGUAGUCGAAGUAACAGAACAAGAAGAUAUAGUGAAAUUAAAAGAAGUGGGACAUGAGAGGGGCUGUGAUAUUAAUGUUGAAGAUUACUUAUUGCAGGACCAUUCAGCUGGGGAAGUAUUGGAACAGUCAGUCACAAAAGCAGCACAUUCAGGAGACUCAAAGAAAGUGACCUUUAACCUACAGGUAUCGUUUGAUUCAACACUACCCACAGAGGGCUCUGAUGACGAUGACCAGCCCCCUGUUGAGCCCAGAACUGACACAGGAAACCUGGAUACGUCACAGGGAAUUCCAUCACCCUGCAAAACAAAAGAAAUGCUGUACCCAAACCUUAACCUGCUGGAGUCAUUUUCAGCAGAGGCUCCUGAACUUACUGUUAUAUCAAAGGGUUCCCAUGAUGACAACACUGUCCAACAUCAAAGCAUCAAACCGAUUAUGCAGACUGGUAAAGAUAAGCCAGAAUCAUUUACUAUCUCUGCUACAGAUGUAGACAUGUCCACAGCAUAUACAGAGACCGAGAAAGAAAGUGGACGGAAAGCGGAAAACAUUGAUGAUGGUGACAUUAGGGGUGCAGAAUUGUUGACAGUUCAGGAGCCAUUAUUACAUGAAGUCAAGGUUGAAAGAAAGACCUCAUCCAGGUCGGCUGCUGAAAUCAGAGAUAUGUCAGGCAUGGAAAAACUCCUUAGCAGAGAUAUGCAUCAGGACAUCGCAGUGAGACCACCGCCUCUAUGUGACAGUAAACUGAUCAAAGUUGAGGAAGCAAUGUUGCAAGAAGUCAGGAUAAAAAGAAAGACCAUGCCCAGACCAAAUUUAGAUAGUAAAGAUAUGUCAGGGAUGGAAGUAUAUCUCAGUGAAGAUUUAGACCAGGACCUACAACAGAGACCAGCAGAAGUUAGAGAUAUCAUCUUUGGAGAUCAGUUCCUUGAACGGAAACCUAUAACAUCCAGUCAUUCAUUAGAAGAGCACAUUGUCCAGGAGGGAUUCAAACAGGACAGCAAACAGGAAACCCGCUCUUUCUCCUUUGACCAGCAAGACAUGUCCACAGCAGUCCAAACGACAGAACAAGAAGAUAGAUUGAAAGUAGAAGACAAGGGUGACAGUGACAUUUAUGGUGACGAUGACUUUACACAGGGCCAUUCAGCUGGGCCGUUCAGUUCAGAGAAAGUGAGAGCAUUUGACUCAGCACUCACCAUACUCAGCUCUGGGGAGGAUAACCAGGUCCCUGUUGGGACAAGAUCCGACUUAGAGAAUCUGGAUGCCUCAGAGAUUAAACAAUCCCCCUGGAAAAGUACAGAACUGUCAUUUCCCAACUUAAACAUGAAUGACUCAUUUUCAGUGGAUACACCUGAAGUUAGUUGGGUUCCCUCAGAGGACUUACUAGAAGACAACAUUGUCCAAAAGAAAAGCCUGGACCAGAUCAUCUUGACCAGGGAUGAAAAACGAGAAUCAGAUAUGGUCUCCACUAAAGAGGUAGACCUGUCAACAGCAUAUACAGAGACAGGAAAAGGAGACGGAUGGAAAGUGGAACAUAUGGAUGAUAAUGCUGGUCUAAGCACACAAUCAGUGAAAGUUCAUGAACCGAUGUUACAAGAAGUCAGGAUGGAAAAGAAGACCUCAUCUGAACCAGUUGUAGAAGUUAAAGAUAUGUCAGGAACAGAGGCACUUCUCAGUGAAGAUUUAGACCCGGACCUAGAAGAGAAACCAGUAGAAUUUAAAUAUAUUCUUAGUGGAGAUCAUUACGUUGAGCAGAAACAUAUACUGUCCGGUUGUUCAAUUGAUGAGGACAUCAUCCAGGAGGUAUUUGAACAGGUGGUGAGUACACAGGAGAGCAAACAGGAAACCCACUCUUUCUCCAUUGACCAGGAAGACGUGUCCACCGCAGUCAAAGUGACUAAACAAGAAGAUGGAGUGGACGUAGGGGGAGCGGGAGAUGUGGAUGUCCGUAACAUUUACGGUAACACAGACUUCACACAGGGCCAUUCUACUGGUAAAGAAUUGGAAUGCACAGUCACUACAGCGGCACAUCCAGGUGACUCAAAGAAAGUGACCUUUAAUCUACAGGAAAAAGUGUAUACAGCAGUUCCCACACUGGGCUUUGAGGAGGAUGACCAGUCACCUGUUGAGGACAGGUUUGACUUAGAGGGCGUGGAUGCCGCAGAGAUAAAGCCAUCACCCUGCAAAACGGCAGAAAUGUCAUAUCCUAACCUAAACUUGAAAGACUUAUUUUCAGUGGAUAUGCCUGAAGUUAUUUCGGUCAGAUCAGAAUAUUCAUCAGAGGAUAAUAUUUUCAGACCGCAGUGCUUUGAACAGGUCAUCCUGACUGUGGAAGACAAGCGAGAAUCACUUACUGUCACUAAAGAAGUUGACAUAUCCACAGCAUAUAAAGAGACACAAAAAGAAGGUGGAUGGAAUGUGGAAGACGUGGUUGAUGGUGUCAUUAGUGGUGGAGAUUUAAUGACAGUUCAGGAACCAAUGUUAUGUGAAGUCAGGCAUGAAAGAAAGCACACUUCCAGACCAAUUGUAGAAGAUAGAGAUUUGUCAGGAAUGGAGGAACUCCUCAGUAGAGAUUUAGAUCAGUACCCACAAGCAAGAUCAGCACCUCUCUGUGAUGCCAAAGACAUAAACAUUCAGGAACCAAUUAUACAAGAAAUCAGAAUUGAAGGAAAACCCUCUUCCAGACCAUCUGCAGAAGUCAGAGACCGGUCAGGCAUGGAGGAACUUCUCUUUGAAGAUUUAGACCAAUACCUAGAAGAGAGACGUGAAGUUCUCAGUGGGUCACUUCAUGAUGACAUCGACAUACAGCAAACCUUUGAGAAGGGAAUUCUAACCAGGGAUGAUGAGCUAGAAUCACAUGCCUUCCUCAAUAUGGAGGUAGACAUGUCAACAUUAGAUACAGAAACAGAAAAAGUAUACGGUUGGACUGUGGAAAACACGGAUGAUGAUGCCGUUCUUGGGGCAGAGAUAGUUACAGUUCAGGAACCAUUGUUGCAAGAAGUCAAUAUAGAAGAUAAGACUUCAUCUAGACCAGUUGUAAAGGGUAGAGAUAUCACAGAAAUGGUGUCCCUCCUCAGCGGAGACUUAAAUCAGUAUCUUGAACAGAGACCACCAGACGUUUUUGAUGCCAAAGAGAUGACAGUUCACGAACCAAUGUUACAUGAAGUCAGGAUUGAAAGAAAAUCCUCAUCAACCACAGCUGCCGAAGUCCAAGAUAUUUCUAGCAUAGAGGCAAUCCUCAGUGGAGAUUUGGACCAGUACGUUGAACAUGGACAUGGUGAUCUCAGGGUUUUAACACAGGACAACAUCUUCCAACAGCAAAGCUUUGAACAGGUUCCCAUGACCAGUGAUGACGAACAUAAAUCAAGCAUUUACUCCACUAAUGAGGUAGACAUGUUAAGAGUGGAUAAAAAAGCAGAAGAAGAUGGAUGGAAAGGGGAAGACAAUGUUAAUCCUACCAUUAGUGUAGCCCAAUCAGAAAUAUUAUCCCCUGCUCACGAACUGAUGAUGCAGAAACCGCCCUUACAAGAAAUCAUUAUGGAAAGGAAGACCACAUCCAGACCAGCUGUAGAAGUUAAAAGUAUGUCGGGAAUGGAGGCACUUCUCAGUAAAAACAUAGACCCGGACUUAGAACAGAGACCACUAGAAAUAAAACUCAGUGGAGGUCAGUACCUUGAACAGAAACCUGUAAUGUCCAGUUAUUCGUUUGAUGAAGACAUUGACCAGGAGGAAUUUGAGCAGGUGGUGAUAACACAGGAGGUUAAACUGAAAACCCACUCUUUCUCCAUUGACCAGGAAGAUGUGUGCACAGUAGACAAAGUGACUGAACACAGAGAGAAAGUGGGAGACGAGGGUGACGGUGAUAUUUCUGGUGACAAUGACUUAUUGCAGGACUGUUUAGCUGGGGUAGCAUUGGAAAGGUCAGUCACUACAGCAGGACAUUCUGGAGACGCAGAUAACUUGACCUAUAACCUGCAGAGAUCAUUUGAUUCAACACUUGCCACACAGGGCUCUGAGCAAGAUGACCAAGUUCCUUCUGGGACAAUGGCUGACUUAGAGGACUUGUAUGCCACAGAGGUAAAACCAUCACCAUGCAAAACUACAGAACUGUCAUAUCCAAACCUAAACAUGCAGGAUUUGCUUUCAACAGAUGCUCCUGAAGCUAAUUGGAUCUCUCUAGAUGUUCAAAGUGACUUGGCUAAUCAGGGAGUGGUUCACAGCUCAGACAAUGUGGAAUUAACACUCAGACCUGCAGACUUUGAGGCCUUCCAUCCUGAAGCUCUGCACCAGCCGGAGAGACAACUUUCUUAUGGAGACUCUUUGGAGGCCAGUCCUAACAUGGAGGACCAUUCGUCUAGGAAAUCUCCUGACUCUAUAGAACCUAGUCCGACCAGGGACUCCCCCUGUCCCGAUUCACUGGACGGCAGCCCCACGGAGCCGAAAAGUGCCACAGCAGUUCAGGCGGCAAGGAAAUCAGCCGUGUAUGAAGAUUAUUAUUCUCAGCUUAGAGCCUGUCUCGGUGAGGAGCAUGUUAGCAACAUGGAGGAUGAAGAUUAUUCCAAACAGGCUUAUCAAAUGGAAGGUGAGAGUCCCGUCUUGCCAAAGGGGGAACAGGGGGGGAGUUUUGAUCCAAAAACAGCAGGCCCUGAAGGUCCCUCUAUGCCUUUAAAGCUGAGCUUACACGAAGAGGAUGAUAUGGAUGAUGUGGAGGACAUGGAUCUAGAGGAUAGUGAAGCCAGCCAAAAACAGUUCACCCCAGAGGAGGAUAUGUUCAAAAUGGCCACCAAGAUCAAAACCUUUGAGGAGAUGGAGAUGGACGCCAACACUAAGAGAGGAGGGAAAGCAUGUGAAGACUCUGUGUCAUCCCAGUUUGAGGAUUAUGAAGAAUUUCAGUCGAUUGUCGGCCUGAUUGAUACAGAAGCAAAAUCAACCAAGCCCAAAAUGGACACUGAUUUGCUUCAUUCGGUUGAACUUGAAGCUGCUGGUGAAAUCUUGCCCUCACCCCCUGGGAUAGAAACUAAGUUGGAUAGUUCAGUUCAGAGUGAAGCUGACUUCCCUCACAGCAGCCCUUGCCAUUCUCCAUUAGAAAGUCAGGUUUCCGAGCCCUUCAGCCAUUGUUUACUUAUCACAAAACAGGAAACAUAUCACACAGAGAACAUCCGUGACCAUAUCAGUGAACACACUGAGCAGAAUGUGGAUGAAAUGUCAGCUAUGGGGACCCAAAUGGAGGCAGUGGCUGAAUCCCAGGCAGGGGAAGGUAAGUCGGUUACACCAGAGGUGUUGUGCAUUGAAGAUGAAAGCUUGAAGGAGGUGGAGGAAGCAGAUAUCUUGCCUCUUCAGGGAGACCUGGUCCCCUGGAGUGCCCUGCGUGACGAUAACGAUGAUGACGACGAUGAAGCAUUUCACGCACGCGUGGAGGCAGAGGAACAGAGGAUUAUGGAUCUCAUCGAGGACCGCCGUACUCCUGACACCACACCAGGUCGCACACCGACAGAGGAGGGCACGCCCAACCCUUUUCAGUUCCAAGAAGGUAAGUUCUUUGAGAUGACCAGAGGGGGCGCUAUCGACAUGACAAGAAGGAGCUUUGAAGAGGAUGGCGAGGGCUAUGCCUUCUUUCACAUAGGAGAUCACCCAGUUGAUGAAGUCUUGUUUGAGGACACCAAAGAUUGUGUUCGCACAGAUGUUCCUGAAAAAGGGCAGAGUUUUUCUGUUACUGACCUGAAACUCAAGCAGGAAGGUGAGCAAAGCAAAGAUGGUACUGACUCAUUCUUCCAGACCAUACCAUUAGCAGUUGACAAUCAAGGGGGAAAACCAGUGGCGAAACCUAGUACUUCCAUCCAAAUGGAUCCAAAAGCUGAAACUGUCCCUCUUUUGCAAGCUGAAAUGGGAAGCUCCUUGGAAGUCCAAAUAGGUUCUCCUGACCUCCAGGUGUUCCCCACCACUGUUUACUCAGAGCAGAUCCGCCAGUUGUUUGACUCAUCCCCUGAGGAAGAGGACAAGGAGAAGAGCUCUGUCAUUCCGAUGCAGUCCACAUAUCAAGGCACGGUGGAUUCAUCUACUAGCGUCCUGAACGAGUCUGACAUAUCACCAGAUGCUUUGACUAAGGAGGAAACAGGUUUCAAAUCAGAGAUAGCUGUCAACGCUGGUUCACAGAAAUCAGAGCUAAGCCCUGAUCCCAUAUCAACAGUGGAGGAAUCUCUUCACCAGGACAGGAGAACAAGAUCUGAGACAGAUUUUGGAACUGGCUAUCAAUCACAGCAGGAUAGGAACAGGAGUCACUCAGACAGCUACAAGCCUACAACCAAAUCCCAACCUCUCACCUCCAGGCUUCCCAUCACGGCCCACUCCUCGUCAUACUCCUCCUGUUCCCAGCCUGACAACGACCAGCACUCAGACAUACGAGAACCUUCCCCCCGAUCCUCUCUGGAUGCCGAAAGCAGCAGUGGCGGCGACAAUUGCAACAGCCCAGAUUCUGUCAUCUUCAGGUACGACGGCCUCACGCCUUGCAGCUCGGACCCAGAAACGAGGGCUUUGCCAGUGCUUCGAAGUUCCUCCGCCACAGAGGAGGUGUUUGAAUCAAGGCCAAUCUGGGAAGACUCUGUGGUGACUCAGAUGCAGCGAAUCUCCGAUGAUGGGACCUCGGAGCGGCCGCAAGUGGAUUGGCAUGACGACACAGACAGAAAAGAGGAGAUGUUGGCCAUUAUUGCGGACCUGCUGGGGUUCAGCUGGACAGAGCUGGCGAGGGAGCUGGAGUUCAAUGAGGAUGAGAUCCAGGGCGUGAGAACGGACAACCCCAACUCCCUGCAGGAACAGAGCCAUGCCCUGCUGCAGCGCUGGGCUGAACAGGAGGGCAAGCACGCCACUGAGGACAGUCUGAUAAAGAGGCUGACCAAGAUCAACCGGAUGGAUAUCGUCCACCUGAUAGAGACCCAGAUGAACAAGGCAGCCCAGGAGCAGACCUCCAGGACCUAUGCUGAGAUAGAAAAGACUCUGGACCAAAGCGAAGUGUCUGUGGCUCUGUCCUUAGUGCAGGAAGAUGCAGACAGCCCUAGACUGGUGAGGAGGGUGGAGUCUUCCCACAGACCGCCCCCGGCCGUCUCGGAAGAGGACCUGUCAGUGGCCUCCCUCCUGGACAUUCCUUCCUGGGCGGAGCCUAUCGGCCACACCCAUUCAGAGAGCAUGCACGGUGACCUAUUGGAGGACCUGGAGAGCACAGCGGAACUGAGCCCCAACCUGUGGACGUCGCAGGAUGCCGUUACAAGGGACUCUGCCGCCAGCGAGCAACCCACAGUGGAAAUGCCAGAGAGUACCGAAACACCAUUGAACCUGAUCCAGAAGUCAACUCCUUCUGAACACAGUCCAGUGAUACCAGACCUUCUAAGCAACACCUCCGAAGGAAUCCAAGUUGAUAAACCAGGAUCUUCACCAAGUGAUCUUCAAGCACCCUUGGAAUCAGGCAGACCUGGCCAGCCUGAUAUGCUGCCAAAAUUUGAACUAAAACCAGAAUUCCAAGCAGAAACUGCAGAAGAACUGGACUCGACGCUUUCAGAAUCCAUCAAAGAGAGUCCCGGAGAUCUUCAACCUUUUGUUCAGUUUGCGGACCUUUUGCCUGACUUGUACAGAAAUCCCACUAAGGUUCUGGAGGAAAUCUCUAGUCUUUAUUGUUCAUCUUCCAAUCAGAUAAAAGAAGAGUCGGCUGAAGUAAGUGUAGCAGCCUCUGUUCCAAGCAAUCUUGCCCUAUCCUAUGAAGGGGAAGCUGAGGGAUUUAGACUGACACCUGAUCUAAUCAAAAUCAUCCCAGAACCUAGCCAAGUUGAAUCUGAUCCAGUAAAUUUUGUCCAAAGCGCUUUUGUUGAAUGCCUAGGAAAAGUCAGAGCAAACGAAUCAGACAUUAAUUGUUCUGUACCUUUGGUAACCAUUGUUGAUGCCAGAGUGUCAGUCGAUACGCCAGAAUCUUCAGAACCGUGCCAAGAUGUGGUAGAACUGUCAUCAGAAUGCAUUGUUCCAACUCAACAGUUUCCAUCACUUGAAAAUUAUGAUGACACAUCAUCAUCACUUGUUUUUAGAGAACCUUUAACUAUAGAAAAACAUCAAUUGAGAUCUCUCCCAGAGAAUGACCAAAAUACUGUUGAUCACAAACAUUCAUACCUCAAACAGGUGUCAGAAACACAGAAAACCAUUGAGAAAAGUCAAUGCCAUGAGUCAUGUGAUGACAAAAAUGCAGUCCUGAAAGAAACACCAACCAGUCAAAUCUCAGCAGAAAAGGAAACUAUUGAGCAAAGCCAAUCUGAACCUCAUGGACCAACCACUAAACCUGACCAGUUAGAUAAAACAUGUAUGGACAAAACACCAGAAUUAGUGUCACAAUUCAGGGAAAGCACUGCCCAUGUGUAUGAAGAACAGUUGCCCUGGUCCCUUUCAGAUGUUACUCAACAGAUGCCAGAAACCGUCAUGGCCACCAGACAUUUUUGCUUCGAGGAGUUAAUCCCACUUCGGAGUCCUGGGAACCUGGACACUUCCCCCCCCAAAAAAGAGGUAAUUUCACAGAUUAGUGAGAAAGCAUCUGAUAAUCUAGUCAGCCCAGGAGAGUCCCCUGUCUCAGAGCCAAGUUCAACAGAACCCAGAACUGAGAUGGUGUCAGCACAGUUUAGUCCCAUAGAACCAAUGACUGAGAUGAGGUCAGCCCAGUCCAGUCCAACAGAACUCAGGACUGAGAUGGUGUCAGCACAGUUUAUUCCCACAGAACCAAAGACUGAGAUGGUGUCAGCACAGUUUAGUCCCACAGAACCAAGGACUGAGAUGGAGUCAGCACAGUUUAGUCCCACAGAACCAAAGACUGAGAUGAGGUCAGCCCAGUCCAGUCCAACAGAACUCAGGCCUGAGAUGGUGUCAGCCCAGUUUAGUCCCAUAGAACCAAGGACUGAGAUGGUGUCAGCACAGUUUAUUCCCACAGAACUAUGGACUGAGAUGAGGUCAGCCCAGUCCAGUCCAACAGAACUCAGGACUGAGAUGGUGUCAGCACAGUUUAGUCCAACAGAACCAUGGACUGAGAUGAGGUCAGCCCAGUCCAGUCCAAUAGAACUCAGGACUGAGAUGGUGUCAGCACAGUUUAUUCCCACAGAACCAAGGACUGAGAUGAGGUCAGCCCAGUCCAGUCCAACAGAACCAAGGUCUGAGAUGGUGUCAGCACAGUUUAGUCCCACAGAACCAUGGACUGAGAUGGUGACAGCUCAGCCCAAUCCAACAGAACCCAUGUCAGAGAUGGUGUCACCUCAGUCCAGUCCAACAGAACCCAUAUCCGAGAUGGUGACAGCUCAGCCCAGUCUAAAAGAACCUAUGGCAGAGAUGGUGACAGCUCAGCUGAGUCCAACAGAACCUAUGGCAGAGAUGGUGACAGCUCAGCUGAGUCCAACAGAACCUAUGGUAGAGAUGGUGACAGCUCAGCUCAGUCCAACAGAAUCCAUGGCAGAGAUGGUGACAGCUCAGCUGAGUCCAACAGAACCUAUGGCAGAGAUGGUGACAGCUCAGCUGAGUCCAACAGAACCUAUGGUAGAGAUGGUGACAGCUCAGCUCAGUCCAACAGAAUCCAUGGCAGAGAUGGUGACAGCUCAGCUCAGUCCAACAGAACCCAUGGCAGAGAUAGUGUUAGCUCAGUCCAGUCCAGCAGAAUCGAUGGCAGAGAUGGUGUCAGCUCAGUCCAGUCCAACAGAACCCAUAUCAGAGAUGGUGUCACCUCAGUCCAGUCCAGCAGAAUCGAUGGCAGAGAUGUUGUCAGCAUGUCUAGAGGUUGUAGCAUACACCCAUGAUGAAGAGUUCUGCAUGGAGUUCAGCAUCCCUCCUAAGUCUACUGCCCAGUUUAGUCCAACAGAACCCAUGGCAGAGAUGGUGACAGCUCAGUUUAGUCCAACAGAACCCAUGGCAGAGAUGCCGACAGCUCAGCUCAGUCCAACACAACUCAUGGCAGAGAUGGCGACAGCUCAGCUCAGUCCAACAGAACCCAUGGCAGAGAUGGUGACAGCUCAGCCCAGUCCAACAGAACCCAUGGCAGAGAUGCCGACAGCUCAGCUCAGUCCAACAGAACCCAUGGCAGAGAUGGCGACAGCUCAGCUCAGUCCAACAGAACCCAUGGCAGAGAUGGUGACAGCUCAGCUCAGUCCAACAGAACCCAUGGCAGAGAUGGUGACAGCAGUUCCAGAGGUUGUAGCAUCCACCCAUGACAGAGAGUUCUGCAUGAAGUUCAGCCUGCCUCCUGAGUCUGCUGAUGAUGUUUCCUCCUCUGUCCUCAAAUGCAAACCUCUGACAAACGUAGAAUUCAUAAGAGGGAGAACCACUCACUUAUUUGAAGACUCUGACUCAGAGACUUAUUUUGACUGUAAGCAGGGCUUCUCAGACUUCUCAGAGACAGAACCGGAUGAACCGAAGCGGAGGGAAAGCUCCGGAGUCUCCCCCGCACGAGAAGACGUGUCUCAUCCUGAAACUCCGGGAGAUACGUCUCAGGAGCCGGCAGCGCUCACGGACUACCUGGCAAACCGCAGACCGGACCGAGACGUCCUGCUGUCUUCAGGCAGUGAGGACUAUGAAGACGCUCCGUACGUCCACCUGCCUCAGGAGUACAUGAAGGAAGAGGGUGAUGCAAUGGCACAAUGUCCCAUGACACUCAGAGAUGACCCCGCUUUGCACAUUGCCUCUCGGGAGAUUCCCUCCUGUGGAGCUUAUGCAGAAUGUGAUGACUCCCAGGCCCGGGGAAUAAGGUGCCAUUUCAAACCAAUCCAUUUGCCACGUCAUGUGUCGCUACGCACCAGUGCUUCCCGUCUCGAAGUAGCUGCGGAGCUGGGUGGGAUGAGUUCAGACGAGGAGGAGUUUCUGUCCACUAGAAUAGUCCGGAGGAGGGUUAUCAUCCAGGCAGAUGAGGUGACAGACAUCCCUCGCCAGACUACGACGACGGAGCAGUACACAGAUGACCGUGGACACACGGUGGUCAGAAAGGUGACUCGUAGGGUGAUCCACCAGGUGAUGUCAUCGGAGAGGGUCCAGGGGGACCAGGUCACGGUCGAGGGGGACACCCCCCCGGAGGAGGUGGAGGAGGGAGACGGGUACUCCAGAGUGGUUAAACGGACGGUCAUGAGGAGCCACGGGGGUCAUGAGGAGCUGACGUUUGCAUCGGACUCCGCGUGUGGGGAGGAGUCUGUCCAAGGUCGUGAGGUCAGCCACGCGGAGCAGAACAUGGUGGUGGAGGGAGAGCGGAUCGAGACGCUUCAUGGUGACCCCGCCCUGACCUCGGAUCUUCCCACGGCCCGGGAUGACUUCACAAAUGCUCUUCAGUACAUAGGGGGCUUUAGCAGAGCUAAUCUUCCCAUAGUGGAGAGAGAGACGGUCAAGGAGGACGGAUCUGUGGUCAGGAGAGCCCGGAUGUGUAAGGGGCGUGCCCAGAGGCGGACAGGAGUGUGGGAGGAGCCAGUGGAAACAGGAAGCAGGUUUUCCUAGAGCAAUUAAAAAACCCUUCAGAGGGGUCGUGACCACAGGACCUCCAGUGCCUCCUUCAUCACCUGACCCGUCGCUACUGAGGAAGAGGAGGGAGAAGAGGGGGAUGAGGAGAAUGGAGGAGAACAGAAGAAACAGUUCAGGCCUCCUGCAUCGCCUCAUUAGCUUUCUGUCCAGCCUCUGACCCCGCCCCUUUGCCUAAAGAUCUACCAAUCCUAUGCAUCAGGCACGUGCAAUCCCAGAGUGCAUCAGUGCACUUAAAUACAACCACCGUCUUCCUGUUUCAACAAUCAAAACUGCUUGGUUUAGUUAUGCUGUUAUUUCCAUAUUUUUCAUUGUGUUUUUUGGCCUUUUUUGUGACCAAAGAGUUAUUUGUUUUGUUUAGACAUAUUGAUUUUAUUUAAUAUCACCAAUCAAUUCUGAUUAGAGUUUUUUUUUGGUCCUUGACACUUUGGUGGAACAAAGACAAAACAUUUAAACCACUCACAUACAUCUCUUCCUACAGAACACAGACAGGAGUCCUAUAUUUGUGCUUCUCCUAGUGCUUGGACUAACUGGCUAUAUAACCUUCACAGCACUGCUGACCACCCCUACAGGUCGUUAGGUGUUGCGUAUAUCACUACAUGAGAACGACAUCACGUCCUCUUCGUCAUAUUGACCUUCUAUUGGCCUUUCUUUAAUGAAGGUCAGUCAAGAUGUCACCUGUAGCAACCCCAAACCUAAUAUCCACUUCCUCUCCGGCUGUUGUUGUUAAAUGUGCGUAUUUUAACCUGUCCUAAGAAGUAGCUAGAAUCAAAAUCUAUUUUUUCUCCAACCCCUCGUAAUCGCAAACCUUUGCGAGCUAGAGUAGGCAUGGUAGCUGGUUAACGGACACCAUCUUCGUGGAUGGUGAAAAUAGCAGUUAAUAAUAUUUUGCGUUGACCCUUUUCUGCCUCUCCCACUUUGGGUUCCAUUCAUGGGUUUAUUACUGUCUCUCUCUACUGCCUAUCUUACUGUCCUUCAUCCGUGUCAUAAUCUAUCCUCCGUAUUUCUGUCUCUAUAAUCGAUUUGUGAUAUUUCUGUCGUAACUUUAUUCUGUGGUAAACCAUUUGUCAGGAUUGUUAAGGUUUUAUGUGUGUUUGAGUGUUUCUGAGUGCAGGUGUGUUUGUGUGUGUGUGUGUGUGUGGGUGUGUGUGUGCGAGUCAGACCCAAAUUGCUGCUAUGAAAGGAGUGACUGGUUUCAAAAAGCGGCAGUUGCUUUGACUAUUUCUUAGUGUUUUAUCUGAGUUCUUUUGUUGUUGUGCGUUUUGGUUUGAGUCCAGUACAUGGGCAAAUGGUUUAGUUUGUUGAUUUCUUGGGGACUUGUGUGUUUCCUUUGUUUUUUUCUGAUGGUGGACACACUGUGAACAAGAUGGUGGGGUCUCGCGUUGACACUCCUCAGAGAGGAGCAAUGGGUCCCUGUGAGUACCCUAAUCCCCAUGAAGACCCCUGGGGCCUUGGAGAGUAAUGAACUACAUAGGGAAUAGGAUGCCACUGGGAACGCACCGCUAAACUGGUACCAGUGUUACUCAGAGGGUCCCUAAUUUGAUUUAUGUAAUUAUUGGUUAUUAAACGGCCCUUGAAAGUUUGAGAAGUUUGAGGUGUGUGUGUGUGUGUGUGUGUGUGUGUGCGUAUGAGAAAGAGGAAAUGUAACAUGAGCAGAGGAACUGAACUUUAUUUCACUACAUCCACAUUGCACUCCUGCUCUUUGCUUGUCUACACACGACACAGGAAAUUGUAUGCUCAGCCAAUCAGGAAGGUCCACCUGGGCGGGACACAGUAUUCGCAGCCAGUAGUGCAACCCCAUAGGGCUGGGUACUGUAUGUCCAGCCAAUGGAAAGGUCUGUGGGAGGGGACGGGGGGACGUGUAAGGGCACUGCAUUACUCACAGCUCUGUUGUAGCAUCGAUUAUGUAUCUACUUCACUGACAUCACUGUUUCCUCUGAGUGCAAAACAAAAAGUUAUGAUACAAAUGCGAAUCUGGUGAACGUUCACUGUGAUGGGUCAGUCUGCUUGUCAUUUAGCAAAUCGGCAUCCUGUUUCCGUGGUGAUGACAGUUCUAUACAUAUAUGAAGUUAUACAUAUAUAAAUAUCUAUGAGGGCAUGUUUGAGUUUACCGAAUUACAAAUGGCUGCAGUGUGUCUUUGGCUGAUAGAGAAUAAAAUGUACAAGUGUAAAACUGA